AUGAAGGAUAGAAUGCCUGCUGUGCGGCUCAACGGCAACGACAGUGACAGUGAUGAAGCGCCUGAAUUUGUGACCAAUCAUAUUGCUACCGAGAAUGCUCGAAUGCAACGUCGUCAGGAGGACGAAGCGUAUGCUCAGGCCAAGGCGACCAAGAGGAAGAGGAAAUUGAAGCAGUUGACAGAGACACCGGAAUUGCCGGAUGACGUAUUGGUAGCUGUUGCUGCACGGAAAGAACAAGAAGAAGCUGCAGAAGAACAAGAGACAGCAAUGCAAUUGCGUAUCAAGAAAAGACGUGCACUGAAAGAAGUGAAAGUAGCCCAUUUAAUGGAGAAAAAGAUACACACGAGACAAUUUGGCAACAUUCAAGUGCAGACACUUGAGGCAUUGGAGAAGAUGCAGACUAGGACAUUACCAGCUAGUGCCAAAGAAUUUUUGAAUCUUCGGACGGCACCUAGUCGGGCGAGAAUGAAUGUUAUGGAAGGACACCCAUCUCAGUUUACGAAGAAGCAAAAGCACCGUAAGGGAUAA